AUGGACAUCGUGGAGAAGAUCUUCUCCGUGGCCCAGGCCAUCCACACCCAAUUUGAGCAGGUGAAGUGCUGUAAGCACCAGUGCCAGCGCCUCGUGAAGCGCAUCCAGAUCCUGCUGGAGCCCGUGAGAAUCCUCGAGGCUCAGUCGCCAAAGCACAUCUCCCACCACGUAGCGGAACUGUUGAACAAGCUGCUCCAGGCGCUGGGGGAAGCUCAGAAACUGGUGAUGAAAUACAGCCAGACCAGCUGGAUCCAGAAGUUCCUGAGAGCCCACAGCACCAGCGAGGAGUUCAUCUGGGUGAACGAGAGCCUGGAGGACAUUGCCCAGGGGCUCUCGCUCCUGCUGCAGGCAGAGCAAAAGCAGGCUUUCCUGGAGGCUUUCCACGAAAAGACCUGUCGUAGGCAGGACGCCGAGGAUCUGAGGGACGAUAGGGCUUUCUUGGACCAAGUGAUUGCAAGCACCGAGGAGCCCGAAGACGUGGCUGGGGAGAUCUGUAUCGACAGGCAAUGUAUGGAGAACAAGGUAGACUGGAUGCAAAGCGAGCUGAACAAAAUCGUGCGCGUGAUGGAAUGCUUGAAGAAGGUCAACGUUGAUAAAAGAGAAGACAUCACCGAGAUCGAGCGGGACCAGCUCACCUUCCACAGACACAUGCAGGACACUGAGAGCUAUGACCUCUACAAGGGCGAGUACCUCAAGUACCCCGUAGCCAUCAAAACCUUCAAGAGGCCGCUGACCACCGACCCAGUGAAGGUGAGAGACAUCUUUGAGAAGGAGAUUCAGACCCUGAAGAAGUUUGAGUCUCCAAACAUCCUGCGCAUGUAUGGGAUCUGCAUUGAGGAGAAAGAUGGAAGCCCCUGCUUCUCCAUCGUCAUGGAGUACUGUAAGCAUGGGACGUUGCGGGAUGUGCUGACCAAGCAACGGCAUCUUUCCUGGGAGGUCCGCAUUCGGAUGGCCCUGGGAGCUGCCAGAGGCCUUUACAGGUUGCACCAGACAGAGAAGAAGUCCCGUCUCCAUGGCUGCAUCUGCAGUAGCAAGUUCCUGGUGGCUGGGGAUUACUGUGUGAAGCUGUCAGGAUUCGAGCUGUGUGAAACAGAGUCAUCCAUCAAGAGGAAAGCCAAGAAGAACUGGAAACGAGUCUCCAUGUUGGCGUACAUUGCCCCUGAGAACCUAAAAGACAUCAACUACCCCUACAAGAGGCCUUGUGAAAUAUACAGCUUCGGGAUCGUGCUGUGGGAGAUCGCAACCUCCAAAAUCCCAUUUGAAGGCUGUACUCCCCAGGAGAUCGUGGAGAAAAUCUGCAACCACCAUUACCAGGACCCCGUUGGGGAAGAUUGUCCUGCAGACCUGCGGAAAGUCAUUGACCAGUGCCGGGCCUUUGACCCUUCCCUACGCCCUUCUGCUGAGGAGAUUGUGGACUUGCUGGCUGACCUGGAGAAAAGCAGAAACCAAGGAAGCUAA